AUGUCCAAAAUGAGCAAAAAAAAUAAUAAAGAAUUGGCUGCCGAUGUUUACAUUGAUGAUUCUGUCAAUUUUGAAUCUUUCCAAUUGGACUCAAGAUUACUACAGGCUUUAAAGGGAGCUGGUUUUACUCACCCUACACUAAUACAAUCCCAUGCUAUUCCGUUAGCACUCCAACAAAAAAGAGAUAUUAUUGCUAAAGCUGCCACUGGUUCUGGUAAGACUUUGUCUUAUUUGAUACCUGUUAUUCAAACUAUUCUGGAUUAUAAGAAAAAUGAAUCAAGCGCAGAUCUUCAGAAUGAGAGUAAUACAUUAGGUAUUAUAUUAGUUCCUACCAGAGAACUUGCUCAACAAGUGUUUAAUGUUUUAGAAAAAAUGAUUGUGUAUUGUUCCAAAGAUAUUAGAAGUUUGAAUAUUUCUGCAGAAUUACCAUCUUCUGUCAUGAAUACUUUACUUUUAGAAAACCCUGAGAUCAUUAUUGCUACCCCAGGUAAAUUAACUAGUUUAUUAGACACUAAAAUUAAUUCCAUAUCCUUAGAUAAUUUGAAGUUUUUAGUUAUUGAUGAAGUGGAUUUAGUUUUAACUUUUGGUUAUCAAGAGGACUUGAGUAAGAUUGCUGAAUAUUUGCCAUUGAAGAAAAACUUACAAACUUUCUUAAUGAGUGCUACCUUAAACGACGAUAUCCAAGAUUUAAAGAAAAAAUUUUGUCGUUCUCCAGCUAUAUUGAAAUUCAAUGAUGAAGAAAUUAACAAAGAUAAGACUAAAUUAAUUCAAUAUUAUGUUAAAACCUCUGAAUUUGAUAAGUUUUUAUUAUGCUAUGUUAUUUUUAAAUUGAAUUUAAUUAAGGGAAAGACAUUGAUAUUUGUCAAUAAUAUUGAUAGAGGAUAUAGACUGAAAUUGGUUCUUGAGCAAUUCGGUAUUAAAUCGUGCAUCCUAAAUAGUGAAUUACCAUCCAAUUCAAGACAACAUAUUGUGGAUCAAUUCAACAAGAAUUUAUAUCAUUUAUUGAUCGCUACUGAUGAUUCUGAAUACUUUCAAGAAGAAGAUGAGGAAGAAGAAGAAAACUUAAAAGAAAAUAAUAUGAAAGAAUCUAAUGAUAGAGUUGAUGAGAAUAAAUCUAAUGCUGAGGGCAAUAAGAAGAAAAAUAAAUCUAUGGAGAUUAAGAAAGAUAAAGAGUAUGGUGUAUCUCGUGGUGUUGAUUUCAAAAAUGUGGCAUGUGUUUUAAAUUUUGAUUUACCAACUACAGCAAAAUCAUACGUCCAUAGGAUUGGUAGAACUGCGCGUGCUGGUAGAACUGGUACUGCCAUAUCGUUUGUGGUUCCAUUAAAAGAAUUUGGCAAACAUAAACCAUCUUCAUGUCCAACAGCAAAGAGAGAUGAAAAGAUUUUUUCCAGAAUUGUGAAACAACAAGGUAAAUUAGGUCUUGAGUUACAACCAUACUCUUUUGAUCCAAAACAGAUCGAAGGUUUCCGUUACAGACUAGAAGAUGGGUUCCGUGCAGUAACUCAGGUUGCAGUUAGAGAAGCAAGAAUCAAGGAAUUAAGAGAAGAACUAUUAACUAGUGAAAAGUUGAAAAGACAUUUUGAAGAAAAUCCAAAUGAAUUACAAACAUUAAGACACGACAAAGAAUUACAUCCAGCCAGGAUACAAGAACAUUUAAAGAGAAUACCUGAAUAUUUGUUACCCGAAGCUGCUAGAAAACAACUCAGCAAGAAGAAGUUAGGCUUUAUUCCUUACAGCAAUCCUAAAAAGAAUGGUCGUCACAAUAAGAAAGGCAAAGUGACGAAACGUAAAAGUGUUAAAACAGAUCCACUCAAGAACUUCAAAUAA